AUGGCAGACAACAGUGAAAACAAAUCAGGGAGCGGAGACUGUGGCAUCGUGAUUCGGGAUGACUGGCCUGGUUACUCUCUGGACCUGUUCACAUAUCCCCAGCAUUAUUCUGAAGAUCUGGAAUGUGUGUAUAUUCCACAUGGUGUCAUAAUGGACAGGACGGAGAGGCUGGCGAGGAACAUUAUGGAUGACCUUGGAGACCAUGACAUCGUGGUGCUGUGUGUAUUGAAGGGGGGAUAUCAGUUCUGCGCUGACCUAGUGGAGCGAAUCAAAACACUGAACCGCAACUCCAGUAAGACCCUGCCCAUGAGUGUAGACUUCAUCCGGCUGAAGAGCUACCUGAAUGACCAGUCAACAGAAGACCUCCACAUAAUUGGAGCAGAGAACCUGUCUGUGUUGAGUGGAAAGAAUGUCCUGAUAGUGGAGGUGAUAGUGGACACUGGUAAAACGAUGAAGACUCUGCUUAAUCAUGUCGAAGGCUUCAGGCCAAAGAUGAUCAAAGUGGCGGGUUUACUGGUGAAGAGAGUACCAAAUGGCCCAGGAUGUCUCCCAGACUAUGUUGGAUUUGAGAUCCCCAAUCGUUUUGUUGUUGGCUAUGCUUUAGACUACAAUGAGUAUUUCAGAGACCUCAAUCACAUCUGUGUGAUCAGCGAGAGCGGUAAACAGAAAUAUAAGGUAUGAAAUGUUAGAAGCCACGCCCACCUCUCUCACAAUCAAGACUGCCCAACCCCCCCAGCUCCCCUCCAGACGACCAGCCUGCCGUGCGUGCAGACUCGAUAUGUUUUGGACAACUCGGCGGAACCCACACAACGAGAGAUAGUAUCAGGCUGCGUAUUGGAGGCUUUCAUCCUUUACUCUCUCUCAGCUGGUUGCAUUCCAAUUCCACAUCAAAAAGACUCCAGGGGCCUGAAUCAGACACAAUGUAUCUGUGCUACAGGGUACAGUAAGAAAUUACAGUGUGGGCCCAUGCAUCAUAGGGGAUUUGUGAUGAGCUCUUUAAUGGCUGUACACUCAUUUUGACCCGACAAAAGUAAAAAAUUGCUGAGACUCUGGUUGUUUUUAAGAAGAAGAACAAGGAUACUGUAGCCUCAUUCAUUAUUAAAGAUUUCUUAAAUAGUAUUGCUCCACAGUGUUUCACAACCAAAACGUAAUUUACUGAAGCUGAUGAAACUUCUCAGAAUUUUAUGGUCCAUGUAACUGUAAUGCUAACAUCUCUGACUGGUGUGUAGCCCGUGUAGUUCCUGAUCCAUAUGACUGGUUUCUACAGAGACCAAAUGCUGCUGGAAACAGUAACAGUUUCAGUAAGUCUGGCCCUAACUGUGCCAGCUUUCAUAGUUAGUCUUAUGCUAUUUACUGUGACAAAAGUGAAAAGUGUUAUUUUCUGUGAAGUGGCACGGCCAAUAGAACAUUCUUUCACAUAAAAAACAAAACAAACAAUAAAGCGUUUUGUUCUGUG